AUGGCAAUAUUUUUGUGCGUUUUCGUAUGCGCCUGGGCGGCCGCCCUGGGCUUUAAUGUGGACAUCCCUUCGAGGGUAGUUUACACGGGAAAUUAUCAGUCUAUGUUUGGAUUUACUGUGCAGUCUCAUGUGGAUGGCGACAGCAAAAUAGGUAUAAAUGGUAAUUGUGAAGGUUGUGGCCGGCGCGGGCGGCGCGGGCGCAGUUUUAUCGGUAAUGACAUCAUCGUUCAAGAAGUUCAUAAGUGCGAUUUU